AUGCUUACAAUCAGUCAUUCAGGACUUCCUUCUUCAUUUCUUCGAUUCCUUACUAAACCAAAAGUUAACUGGCAAUCAAAAGAUAUGUAUGAGCGUCUUGGUGUGAAAAAUGAUGCUUCUAUUGACGAAAUCAAGAAAAAAUAUCACGAGUUAGUUCGUGCAUACCAUCCAGAUAUGCUUCAGAACGAAAAAGACAAGGAAGAGGGCCAGAAAAUCCUUGCAGCAGUUAACGAAGCUUACGACACACUCAAAGAUGAAAACAAAAGACAAGAAUAUGAUGCCUCUCGUCUUAGCGGCGGGCCAUUUGGCGGCUUCAAAGGCUUUGGUGGCCAAGGUGGAUUCAGAGGCGGUCCAGUUCAUUUCCAGCAACGAAAAAUACAUCAAACUCGAGUUAAUCUUACUUUUGCUGAAAGUAUAUACGGCGUAGAGCGCGAAAUCAAUAUUGAUGUUGAUGAGCCAUGCCACAAGUGUCACGGCAAUUGCACAAACGACGGAAAGCCUCCAAUGACUUGCCCAUUAUGUAAUGGACAAGGGAUGAUGAUUCAAGGUUUCAUUCCUCUUCCAUGUCCACAGUGCGGUGGCCGCGGCUUCAUUGUUACGAAUCCAUGCUCAAAUUGCCAUGGCCAAGGAACAACUUCGAAACCAACGAAAAUUAAAAUACCAAUUCCACCGGGAGUUCAACAUGGAAACGUCAUCAACUUUAAUACAAAUCUCGGGCCAAUCAUGGUCAUGUGUAUGGUUGACGAAGAUCCUCUUCUGAAGAGAGAUGGAAUGGAUUUGCACAUUACUGUUCCAAUUUCAGUCAAAACAGCAUUACUCGGUGGAUCGAUACGCAUACCAACACUUAAUGGUAUUGUAGAAAAACGAAUUCUCCCUGGAACUCAACCAUACGAUAUAGAAAGACUUCCUGGCGCUGGAAUUGCCAAACAAGGCGAUUUAUACAUUCACUACAAGGUAAUAAUACCUCGCGUUUUGUCUGGCUCUGAUCGCAAGAAGAUACAAGAUCUCACAGAGAAAUACAUGAAAAAUACUAAUGAUAACUGGAAUUCUUAUCUCGAGGAGUACGCGCGCAGAAUGAAUUUCGAUAAGAAACACCAAAAGAAAUAA